AUUCGCAGGAGCACAACUAUGGCGUCAACUUCAGCAACCAUGGGACAUUUACCCAGUGGAAUAGGAAUAUGCACGACUAUUCCAGACAUUCUCUACCUACCGGAGCUUAUAUUUGGAGGUCUGGUUUGGAUCCUGGUGGCAUGUACAUAUGUGGUUCCCGCCAACCCCCAGGGAUGGGUCAUGUUCGUUUCUGUCUUCUGCUUCACCAUGACCUUCAUCUGGAUGUGCAUCUUCGCAUGUGGAGUGCAUCAAAACAGCAGGGGAUGGGCUACCGCUGACUUUGUAUACCAUGGUGUGGCUGCUUUCUUCUACCUCAGCGCAUCAGUUGCUCUUGCCAAAGUGACCAUUGAUAAGAAAGAUGACACACUCUUCAACUAUCGACUUGAUAUUUCUGCAGUGGUGUUCUCGUACAUCGCCACACUACUUUACUUCAUUCACACCAUCUUUUCGGCCUGGAGGUGGAAGUCCUUCUAAAAGCGAUGUGCUUCUAAACUACAAUGAUGCUAAAGAUGUUAGGUGAAGAGAAGAACAUAGUUUACUGCUUGAAACCAAAGACGGCUGUGGUGCAAUGUACUCGGUCGAAAUCCUGGAGAAAGAAGGCAUCUACCUGCUCUGUGUCUCGCUUCUCUAUCAUUUUCCUGAAGAUGGCAAUCCUCCCUAUUUCUGAAGAAGCAUACUUUUGGUUGGACUAGAGGGAAUUGCCAUCACAGGCCUACAUUUCCUUUCUUCAGAAAUUAUCUAAGGGAAGUGCACAUUUACUUUUCACUGGUAGAGAUUUGAGACACGAAAGAAAUACCUGGAACUGUAAAGUUAUGAUAGGUCAGAAAGUAAUUUACAUUUAUGAAAAUAUGGUAACGCAAUGCAGUUCCUUUAUACACUCAAGAAAAUGUUAAUAUUUGAUUUAUAUUAAUUGUAAGUUUUUAGGUAGAAUAGUUUGAUCAUUUUACAGGCUCACCAUUUUCAGUAAUAUAGCAAUAAAAAGGUUUAGUUUGAGAAAAAAAAAUUGUACUUUUAGAAUUUUCUAAAUGAAAUUACUGCAUGUUAUUGAACAAAAAAAUUAUGUCAAAUGUAAUACAUGUUCAUAUUGAAAGUUAUAUUGGUUUUGGGUGCUUUAUCUUUGCUACUAAUAGCAUUUUUUUAAUAAUUUUCACUUGAUAGAUAAUUUUGCUAUUCUACAAUAAAUUGCAAUUAAGUUAAAAUA